CCAGUCUCUCCUUCUGGAGGACUACGCGCUGUCUGGAGACGAAGAGCUUCUAACAUGAAGAAAAUGCAUAACCGACACUUUAUCUGAAGUAAUUCAGCUUUUAAACAGCCAUUUGCGGAGCCGCGUUAAGUUUUCACCGAUUGAUUAAAAGUUGCGCUGUAGUUUUUCCGUUAUUCCUCCUCUUAUAGCGGCACUACAGGAGCGAACUGUAUUUAAACGCAGUCUUUAGCGGAUAUUCAUCACCUCUGUUCUUUAGCCGUACGUGUUUUACGCAUAUGGAUACUUUUCCGGAGCGCAGACGGUAGAUUAUGCAUUCCUCAGGAUGGGUGCGAACAAUGGGAAACAGAGCGGGAGUGAAGGGAAAGGCAGUUCCAGUAUUUCCUCCGACCUGAGUUCAAGUACGGAUCAGACAUCAACCAAAGCUCCAAAGAAUGCAGCUACCAGUGAAGAUUCGGACCUUAGCAUGCGAACAGUGAGUACUCCAAGUCCAGCUCUGAUUUUGCCACCUCGUUCAUCUUCAGCUGUACUAAAUGGCUCCUCAACGUCCUCUUCAACAUUUGGGACGGAAACCAUCGCCAUGGUCCACAUGCCCCCUACGUCCCUCACCCAUCCUCAAAGAUGCCUACGCCAGCCGAGGGACCAGCAGGGGGCGCCGGUUGACAUCCUCCCCGACCAUGCUUUCCUACAGAUCUUCACCCAUUUGCCCACCAACCAGCUGUGCCGAUGCGCCCGCGUAUGUCGUCGCUGGUACAACUUGGCGUGGGACCCCCGUCUAUGGAGGACUAUUCGGCUGACGGGAGAUGUGCUGCAUGUGGAUCGAGCACUUCGGGUUCUCACUCGCAGACUGUGCCAGGACACCCCAAAUGUGUGUCUGACGGUGGAGACGGUGAUGGUCAGUGGCUGUCGGAGGCUGACUGAUCGAGGACUGUAUACGGUGGCACAGUCCUGCCCUGAACUACGGCGCCUAGAGGUGGCUGGCUGUUAUAAUGUGUCCAAUGAGGCCGUGUUUGAGGUGGUGUCACGCUGCCCCAACCUGGAACAUCUGGAUGUUUCAGGUUGUUCUAAAGUGACCUGCAUCAGCCUGACUCGGGAUGUGUCAGUAAAACUCUCCCCGCUUCACGGCCAGCAGAUCUCCAUCCGCUUUCUUGACAUGACAGACUGUUUCGCAUUGGAAGAUGAAGGGCUGCACACCAUCGCAGCCCACUGCACUCAGCUCACCCACCUGUACCUGCGGCGCUGCGUGCGCCUAACCGAUGAGGGCCUGCGAUUCCUGGUCAUCUACUGUCCCGGCGUGCGGGAGCUCAGCGUUAGCGACUGCCGCUUUAUCAGUGACUUUGGUCUGCGGGAGAUUGCGAAACUAGAGGGCCGCCUGCGGUACCUCAGCAUAGCGCACUGCAGUCGCAUCACAGACGUGGGUGUUCGUUACGUGGCCAAGUACUGCAGUAGACUGCGUUACCUGAACGCUCGAGGCUGCGAGGGCCUGACAGACCACGGCAUCGAGCACCUGGCCAAGAGCUGCCUCAAGCUCAAAUCUCUAGACAUUGGGAAGUGCCCACUGGUGUCGGACGCUGGCCUGGAGCAGCUUGCACUGAACUCCUUCAACCUGAAAAGACUAAGCCUGAAGUCAUGCGAGAGCAUCACAGGCCGUGGGCUACAGGUGGUGGCAGCCAACUGCUUCGACCUUCAGCUGCUGAAUGUACAGGACUGCGACGUGUCACUGGAGGCGCUGCGCUUCGUCAAACGCCACUGCAAACGCUGCAUCAUCGAACAUACCAAUCCAGCCUUUUUCUGAGAGGUUGUGCGGACAGAUUUGAGAAGAAGUCUCGUUUUGACCCGGGCCGGUGAUGUCUCUGCUGGACAACAUAGUGGAGAUUUGCACUGCUGCACCUCUGUAUUUAACUUGCAUGGUUGGGAGAAAUCUUAACUUUUUUUAAUCCAUCUAUUUAUAUUUUUAUUCACUUAUCAUUUUGUUUUUGAUUACUCAUCUUGUCUUUGUCGGAUUGUAUUACGUGUAACGUGUGUAAAUGAUUUAUCGUGAAUGCAAUUUGACACAUAGAGGAUUACAUGAAGUGACAUUAACCAGAAAUGUAACUCAACACUUUUUUAAUUUCAUUUUUUUGUUGUUGCAGAAGUUGUUCACGGUUUGAUUAUUUGAUGUUUACAUUUGACAUCUCUGUUUUGAAUGUUUUGCUUCGUUUCAUCAUGUAAUAUCUUAGGUUUCUAUUCUGGUUUCAUUACCGAGAAGUAUUACCAAACAGUGCCAUUUUCGUUGUGACGUUCACCUUUGUAAUGGCCAAUAAGGCCCAUUUCAGGUGUUUAACUAACGGAGGACGACCAUGGAUUAAAGAGGUCUAAGCCAUAUUAAAAAAAA